AUGCUCGCAUGCGCCGCUUCGGUAGCACUGCCUGGAUGGACGAUUGGUUCGCCUGCUGUCGCACAGGAGUCAGGUACGAUCGACGAGUCGCCUGGUGUCGCAGAGGAGUCAGGUACGAUCGACGAGUCGCCUGGUGUCGCACAGAGAAGUCAGACCAAGCCUAUUCCUUCCUUACCCCUCAUGUCAUGGCUGCUUUACGGCCUGGAUUCCCGCUUUGUCUCCCCCACGCCUGCUGCUGCGCUGGGGGGCGGAGGCGGGGCAACAGCAGGGGCAACGGGAGGGUAUGCGAGUGUGGUGGACGUGUUUGUGCUGCCUGUGGGCAAUGCUGACAAGGCAAGCAUUGAAGAAAUUGGUGACUUGGAGGAUGUGAUCGGGAUUUUCGGCCCGCCAGAUCAGCCAACCCGUGUGGUCGAUGCUUCUGUUCAGGAACGGCCAGCUGGCACAACGGAUCUCCUCUUCCCAGGCCACAGUGGAAAUGUUGUGAUUCGUGCUCUCUGCCCUGCUGUUUUCUCAUCCUCCAGCGUGGUGUGGGAGCUCUAG